AUGGAUCAAGAACAAGAACAAUUUCAAUUUCUUGGCUUCUUUGGCAUCUUCAAAGAGACCUUCAAAAUCAUCUCAACUUAUAAACAAAUCUUCACACAAAUUACACUCUCCAUCAUCCUUCCUCUUUCUUUCAUUUUCUUAGCUCAUAUCGAAGUAUCUGAAGACCUUUUCGGCAAAAUCAUAGACAAUGAGAAUGCUCUUGAUCAAACCCCAAAAGACACAAAGACGUACAAUUCACUCUCUGACUUAAUCUCUUCCGAAUGGACAUACUUUUGGGUGUUCAAAACUCUAUACUUUAUAUUUUUCCUCAUCCUUUCCUUGAUCUCUACCUCAUCUAUUGUUUACACCAUUGCAUGUAUCUACACAUCAAAACACAUGAAUUUCAAGAAAGUGAUGAGCGUCGUUCCAAAAGUUUGGAAACGAUUAAUGGUCACAUUUGUUUGGAAUUUCAUCAUUGUUUUUGCAUUCAAUCUACUAGCAUUGGUGGUUUUGGUCUCAUGGGUAGCCUUGAUUGGUUUUACAAUGUUUGGUCUUUUCAUUCUUAGCCUUUUGGGCAUCAUUUAUUUGGCGAUUUUCAUUUACAUUAGUGUUGUUUGGCACUUGGCUAGUGUGGUUUCGGUUUUGGAAGAAGAUUAUGGUAUUAAAGCAAUGUUAAAGAGCAAAGACUUGAUCAAAGGAAAGGCGGGUGUUUCUAUUGUAAUCUAUUGUUUCCUGAACUUAUGUUUUAUUGCGAUUCAAGUGGGUUUUGACAGGCACGUUGUGCUUGCACAAGAUGGUUCACUCGUGAGCAGAACCAUUUUCGGCGUUAUAUUUUUCUUGUUGCUUUCGCUACUAAUUCUUUUCAGCCUUACUGCCCAAACCAUUGUGUAUUUCGUCUGCAAAUCCUACCAUCAUGAACACAUUGAUAAAUCAUUGUUGGCUGAUCAUCUCGAGGUCUAUCUUGGAGAUUACUUACCAUUAAAUUCAAAGAAUGUACAACUAGAAAGCUUCGACAUUUAG